GGAGGAAGGACACUUCGCGCUGCGUGUGCUGUGGCAUGUGUGUCCUAGUUUAAGGUAAGAGUUGGGCUGGGGAGCGACAGAGCCAGCCAGUCAGAUUCAGGAAGUCGCGUUCCUGACCUCAGGAGCAGAGCUGGGUGCGGUGAAACCUCAGCCAGGGACGCAGGGGGCGCUUUCCUCCACAUCACACUGGUGGCACCCCUGACCGGCAGCGCCGCCUCUCUCCCGGGACCUGGCAGUGGGAGGGACGGGCUGGAGGAGGGACCCAGACCUCACCCUUGUGCUCAAGUCACUUCAGACAGCACCGGAACAGAGCCAGGGGUCCCGCCGGCGGGAAGCCUUCCAGUGGACCCAAAGGUACUCCUGGUGGCAUGCCCAAACGUGAAGCUGAAAGAAACAUAAAUUCCAAGUGUCUAACACUGUGUUCUGUGAAGAUGGCUUGUUAGAUAAUUAAGGAUCCUCUGGCCCCACACUAGGCCAGCACCAUGGAGAGAAACAGUUCUUUCUUCGACUCUGUCUGGGAAACCAUCCGGAUCAGGCACGAAAGAGGCGUCUUCAACACCGUCUGCCUGACUGUGCUCCUGGGGUUACCCCUGGUGGUGGUCCUCACCCUCUUCUUCGUCUGUUGCCAUUGCUGCUGUAGCCGGCCACCUAAGAGCAACCAACAGCCAGACCAGAACAAAAAGAAACAGAAAAAGAAGAAGAAAAAGAAAGAUGAAGACCUCUGGAUCUCCGCUCAGCCCAAGCUCCUCCAGAUGGAGAAGAGGCCAUCGCUGCUUGUCUAGUGAGCCAGGAAGCAGCAUGUCCUCCCCUUGGAGCCAAGCCGCCUUCCAGCCACAGAGACUUAGAGGAGCCUUUAACGUGAUGC